AUGCCUCUUAUUCUCCCGAAGCCGCUCAAGGAGUGGUCGGGCGACGAGAUCCGUGGCAUCCUCAAAAUCUUUCGCGAUUUUGAUGCCGACAAGGACGGCCAGAUUGAUGAGAAAGAGGUGGAGCACCUUGCGGAGGCUAUGGGUGUCGACUUGAAUGUAGAUGAUGGCGACAAGUACACCAAGGACGGCAAGAUCGACCCGAUGGAAUUCUUCGCAUUCUAUUCCGGCUGCUCGCCGGCAGAGGCGUCUAUCGCAUUUGUCGAUCACGCACAGCAGUUCGACGCGCUAAAGGGGAAAGGCUCGCUGCAAGAGUACACUGACCAGGAGAUCAAGGACAUCAUGGCCAUUUUCAAACAGUUUGACAAAGAUGGGGACGGCACCAUCGGCGAGAGCGAGCUGCAAGCCCUUGCGAAGACGCUGAUGGUCGAUUUAGACAUGGCCGAGGCCGACCAGCUCGUCAAGGACGGCGUGGUCUCGCGUGCGGAGUUUUUCAAGUUCUACACCGGCUGUUCAGACGAGGAGGCGCAAAAGCGUCGCGAAGCCGAGCCGCCAGAGGGGAAGCUGGUGCCCGACUCGUGGCUGGACAACUGGUAUCCGGUCAUGUUUACCGCCGACGUGCCCGCCGACAGCCCGGUUGCCGCGCAGGUCUUCGAGAGGCCACUCGUGCUCUACAGGGAUGAAGAGGGGCUCCAGUGCCUCGCCGACACGUGCCCGCACCGGCUGGCGCCGCUCUCCGAGGGUCGUCUCGCGGUGGACGCCUCGGGCAAGACGCGGCUCGAGUGCUCCUACCACGGCUGGCAGUUUGCAGGCUGCGGCAAGUGCACCAAGCUGCCGCAGCUCGAGGGCACCAAGCCCAUCCUGCCGCUGUACGGCGCGAGCGCGUACCCGGUGCGUGAGGCGCAGGGCGUGGCCUACGUCUUUCUCGGCAACGCGUCGCUCGCCGAGAGCGUGCCGCUGCCGCUGGCGCCAGAGCUGGACGCGGAGGGGUGGAUCUACGAGCAGGACUACAUGCGCGACUUGCCAUACGACUACACGACCCUUGUCGAGAACAUCAUCGACCCGAGCCACGUCCCGGUGAGCCACCACGGGACGGUGCAGGGAGACCGCAACCUCGCCCAGCCCAUCGCGACCUCGGUGAGCGAGCGCAUGCCUCCAAUCGGCUUCCAAGGCAAGACGGAGGCGCCGGCUGCACACCCCCCCCUCCAAGCCCGCCAGCUGAGCUGCGCGCGGCCAGCUCUAGGGUUACCGCCGCCCCCUCAGGUGCCGCUGCACGCCUCCUCCCGGCUCAGCUUCGCGCAGACCAAGGCGGUGCAGACAGUCACCUUCACGGCGCUCCAAGCCGCGCACGCGACGCUGCACCCGAGGACGGAAUCGACACCUGCCCUGGGGUGGCUCACGGGUAGGCGCCCUCGCUGCUCGCGUACCGCUUCUCCGUGCCGGCGGGCGAUGCGAGCGCGCUCUUCUACCCCAUCCCGGUUGCGCGCGGCCGAUCGCGCAUCCUCGUGCGGCGCGCACGCAACUUCCGGACGGAGCGGGUGAUGCGCACAGCGGAUCUGGUCGCAAAGCACCUCGAGAACAACAUCGUUUUUGACCAAGACAUGGCCUUCCUCUGCGGCCAGGAGGCGCGCCUGCAGGCACUGCGCGCCGACGGCUGGGGCGGCGCGUGGCGCGCCAAGCGCGACAGCGAGGUCGGCGGCGGGCGCAGCUACGUGAUGCCGGCCGAGGCGGACCGGUUCGUCAUCAGCUUCCGCAAGCAGCUCGACGCCGCCGCCGCCGCACUGCCGUGGCGCAGCCCGCCGCUCGCUGGGGAGGCGCACGCGCCGCCGAUGCCGCGCACCGUCCUCCUCGACCGGUACGAGCAGCACACCAAGAAGUGCCCCACCUGCAUGGCGGCACUCAAGCUGACCGAGCGCCUCAUCGGCGUCUCGGCCUCGACCUCCCAGGCGCGACCUCCCAGGCGGGAGCAGCGCAUCGCCUCUCGCUGCGACGCGCUGGGUCUACAUUAGCGGGAUGUGAGGCCGAAGCCCGCGCCUCACAGUCCGUUGGCAUUGGCCCAGGCCUCUAUCGCCAUCAGCCUCGCAGCGAGGGCUUUCUUUGGUGUGCCGCGCGGGGUGGCGGGCACCAGGUCCGCCGCCGCCUCGAGCUCACGGAUCCUCGGGAGCGGGGGGCGAGGUCCUCCAUCGGGAAGCCCGACUCGCGCCUCGAGCGAAGCCAGCCGCGCGGCGAGGCCGACCGGGGGUGAGGUCACGGGCUGCGUCGGCUGGGGCUGGCUCGGUUCGGGAGCGACGCCGGUAUCGGGAGCAGAGGCCUUGCUGUCUUCGGUGGCCGGGCUCUCCUCCUCGCGCGGUCCCGUGUCUUCCGGAGGGGGGUGAGUCGGCGGCGCCUGCUGGGCGGGUGGCUCCCAGGCGGUCUCGACGCCGUUGCUAUAGUAGGGCAACCCGUCCUCAGUGAAAAACUGCUGCCACGGCGGAGGCUCGUCGGACACGGCGGCGGCGUCAUCAUAGACGUCGCUGCCAGGGCCACGGUGGCCGCAGAGGCUGGUCCGGCGUGCGGGCGUCGCCUCCGCCUCCGCCUCCGCCUCCGCCUCCGCCUCCGCCUCCG